AUGUCCCGUUCCCGGUCGGAUCCUUCCGUGCUGCCAAAGGAGCGACAACGACAGCGCAUUGCGCCGCCGACGGAAGAGUUCGUUACCUGCGGAUGUGAGGCGAGUGAGGUAGGCGACGCCUUUGAAUGGAAUCCUCUAGACAGUCAUAGGCAGAGGCGAGUCUGCAGAGACAUGGCCCGAGUGGCGAAGAAGAGCGUGGACUUGAAGUACGGGCUUUCGCAGCUCCUCCACUUCGCGAAAGACUGGGUUUGCGGAAAGUCCGGUCUCAGCCCCAUGGCGGCCCGCGUCGAGGAGGAGCUGAUGCGUCUGCGCUUGAAGGUGUUGACGCUCUUCUUCCGGCUCAUCAUCCAUUUAAUGCUUGUCACGACCCUCUUUGAGACCUUCGAGUUCAUCCGUGCACCCCAGCCGGAAGGGGCGAUCCGCUGGGCCAUCGGCGUCUCUAUAUAUCUAAUGGUCGGCCUUCUCAACACGAACCGCUGGCCUCUCACGCCUUCGCUCCUGGUCCCUUUCCGGAUAGUGCUCUGGAUGUUGGUUCUGGUUCUCCUCGCAUUGAGUGGCUCUGGCCAUAAUGACAUACUGGAGCGGCACGGUUUGUGCCAGGCGAGUCAGCUUCUACAGACAAUCCUCUUUCCCGUUGGCACCAUGACUAUGUUGCAGACCGCAUCCUACUUUGUGGUUGACACCUGGGCCAAGUGGCAGGUGUUCGACGAACUAAAUCCACGGCUGGUAAUGUCUGCAUGUGUCCAGGCUUUAGUAUACAUGGCCAUACCACUCUUUUUCGACUUCGCGGUUCGGGAAUGGAUUGCGGCAUCGUUUCAGUCGCAAGACUCGGACUCCUUGAUUGCGGGCUUUCGGCGGAUGCUGAAGGGGAUCUGUGAUGGAGAGCUGCUACUGGACGGCAACUUCCAGAUCUGCGGCACAGCGCCGUGCCUGCAACGACUCCUGUCAAGCAGCGAGGACUUUGCCGGACGCAGCUUUCCGGACCUUUUGGUCGAUGAUGACGCGAGGAAACUGCUCAAUGACUUCCUGGCACCGGCCGCAGCCACGAGCGAUGCGGACGAAGCAGAGGGCGGCAAGCGCUUGCCAUCCGGCGAAGGCGCAGCCCCGCGCUGCCUGCGCGUGCCUCUGCGGGCCCCUUCGGGUCAGGCGAUUUCGGUGGACGUCUUCCACGUCUCGCUGCCGUCUACUCUCUACGGCGAGAGCACCAGCUACCACCUGCUUGCCCUGAAACAGGAUGUUGAUUCCAUGCCGCCCCCAGAA